GUUCCUGGAAAGACGAGCGCUCCGUCAACAAGGAAAACUAGGAAAGGAAACAAUGUAAAACGAAAAAACUCAGUGCCCAGACCCUAGACUGGUAAAGAGUACACACUGAUAAACUGCCAGGUCGUGCAUUUAGAGGGCAGCUCGUGACAUAUUGUGGAUUGUUUGUUUAAUAUAUCCCUGAAAAUAUCAUACAUCAUGCAGGAUACCAAACAAGUGCUCCAGAUCUUUCGUUGCGCUGUGUGGCUCAAGGCUUCAGUUUGAAUUGCUGAGGACAUGAACUGUUUAACCAGUGCAGGAGUUAGGCUGCAGAAGAUCUUCUGAAAAGGCUAUUUCAAGGGUUAGACCUCUGGGGAUUUCAAGAACGCACUUAGGCUCGUAAAGACUUUGGAUGGGAUACAUACAGCUAGGUGUCUAAAACAGAUUGAGAACCAUCGGAUGCCCAAAUCCUCCGGUGUACCAUUGCCUUCAGGCCCAAUGAUCAUUCCGACCAGUGCCCCCGACAAAUCCCUCAAUGCAGUCUGGCUAAAGGACAACGAGCUGGAGCCACGUCGAAUUGAGUCAAGAGAGGAUGCCGCACGGUUGCAAAGAGCCAUGUCUCACCUUCAGGAGUCAGGCUGGUACUGGGGCCCCCUGACAGCUGCUCAGGCUAAGCAGGUUCUGAUUGAUGCUCCAGAGGGGACUUUCCUUUUGCGGGACAGCUCCUACCAGGGCUACCUCUUCACCCUGUCUGUGAAGACCAGCCUUGGCCCCACACACCUCCGUAUAGAGCACGCCACUGGCAUGUUUGGCUUCGACUCUGUAAUUGUGGCACGGCCACGACUGCGGCGGUUUGAGGGUGCUGUAGAUCUGGUGCAGCACUAUGCCCUGACUUACAAGCAUCUGGCCACUCAAAAUGACACAGGGGGGGGUAACCCUUCGGUCCCUACAGAGAAAACUCUGCAGCUCAAACUCACCCGGCCCCUCCAUAAAGUUUCCCCUAGUCUCCAGCACCUUUGCCGCAUCACUAUCAACCAGCAUUCUCGCUGUCACCAGGACUUACCCUUGCCUAGGCGGCUACGGGACUUUUUGCUGGAAUACCCUUUUGUGUUGUAGGAAAUGUUAAUCAGAUUUGAUACUCCUGAAUUGUACUGUUAAAUCUGACAAUUUCGAUCAAUGUCCUAAUAUAGUGCUGAAACCCCCCCCCCCCCCCCCCCCCCACUCCAUACUCAUUUAAUUUGUGGCCUUAAUUGAGCCUAAAAAGGCAGGGAAUGAGAUGGAAGAGAAAGGUUAAUGGGACUGACACAAAGGGCAGUACAGACACCAGAGAAGGACUAGCCUUAACUGUCACAUCCAGACCGUGUCACAGUCUGAGCGGUGUCACAGUCUCCAGGAGCCAAUUAGAGCUGGGGCUUCAUCCAAAAUGGCACUCUAUUCCAGUAUAUAUACAGUACAAGCUGGUUCCUAGAUUACAGAAUGUACCUACUUGGGGUAUAUUAUUAUUUCCUGAAAUAUCCCACCUUAUGUUAGUUAAACUAAAUCAACAAUUGAGAGUACUGAAAUGGAAUGCUGAAAAAAUAACAUACAAAAGAAAAUAGAUAAGAGCUUUGUUAUUGCUUUAUAAACGGUAUUGAAGAAAGAUUAUUGCAUUAGAAAUGGACCACAUUAAUUAAAAACACAAUACACUAUUUCACCUCAUACCAUGGCUUUUAUUGUGGGGGAUUUUUGAUUAAUAUGAAUCAUAAAGAUUUCCGGACCAUAGUCUUGCUGCAAAAGUGGCUGAUCUGAGUGUCCUAUUCAUUCCUAUUUUUUCUGAAUCCUGGAGUGUAACUUGGUCAUUAUCAAGGUUGUGUAGUUUCAGCUGAUCUCACUAACGUUUUUUUUUUUUAAAGACUGUCAUUGUGGUAAUCAAUUUCAGGUCCAACUUAGGUUUCCUUAUAGAUCUUUGAGAUGCUGAAAUAACCAUCUCUUGAACUGAGGAAUAACACAAUAACAAACAGCAAAAUGCUGCUUGUGAAGCUUCCUCAUAUCCUUCAACACUGCCUUAUGUGUAAAUGAGUGUGCUUUCUAUCAUGGUUUAUUUGCGACCAUUUUGCAGAGCUAUUUGGAUUUGACAUUGAUCUGUUUUCAUGUGUGACAGUAGCCAAACUCCAUUAAUAUUGUUGUUCUUUUUUAUGAUGAUCACUGAUCUAUGUCUCAAGGUCGGGGGAAUUGGCCAAUUGAAACAAUAUAAGAAUGCAAUGCGAGAGAGUGUGGCAUGUUUUCUCUUUUUUUGUGGUUAUACUUUGGUUAAGUUGUUUAACAGGGAGCAUUAAAAUCUUGUAUUGGUAAAAAAAAUAAUUACUGUCUCUGUUUGUUUAUAAUUUUGGACUUGAGGGAAUAUGAUUAAAUAUAGAAUUGUUGUUUUUAGUCAUUAGACUGAAUACGUUCCAGAACAUAUUAGUUACUAUAAGCCUCCUAUGGGAGGCUACAAUAAACCCAAAUGAACCUAGAAGAUAUGCUAAAUUAAUGGACCAUUAUUUGUGUUUCCAUGAAAUGUUCUGCUUUUUAAAUGUGAAAAUCAAGUAUAAGCCUCAUCUAUUUAUUUUGCCACAGAGCAAUUACAUGUUUUUAGAUAAACCAUUUUGUAAUAAAAAUGUGAUCUUUUAUAACUGCC